AUGUCUUCUUUAUAUACAUGUUCGAUCAGUGGUGAGCCUGCAGAAGUACCCGUCGUAUCACCUGUUUCUGGAAGAAUAUUCGAGAAACGACUUAUUGUGAAGUACAUUAAUGAAAAUGGCACAGAUCCAUUUAAAGAUGAAAAACUUUCAGUUGAACAGUUGGUGGAAAUUAAAACAGACAUGGCAAAUGCGAUGCCACGUACUAUCUCAGCAACAUCAAUACCGUCAAUGUUGAAAGUACUACAGGAUGAGUGGGAUGCGUGCAUGCUCAACAGCUUUAUGCUACGUGAGCAACUUCAAAAUGCGCGUCAAGAAUUAUCGCAUACAUUAUAUCAACAUGAUGCUGCUUGUCGUGUUAUUGCACGCCUGUCAAAAGAACUAAAUGCAGCACGCGAAGCUCUUUCAACACUUAAGCCUCAAGCUGCAGUAGACGUUGGCAGUAUUCAGGAUGAAAUGGAAACUGUAGAUGAAGGUAUUCAAGGAAUUAGUGAAGCAGUAUUGAAGAAAUUACAGGACAAGGCUGCUACGUUAACAGCUGCAAGAAAACAGCGAGGAAAAAAUUUGCCGGAAGCAUUGGCAAAACCAGAAGUAGUUAAAACAUAUAUACAGACAGUGUGUCAUACAGGAAUCCAUAGCACAAGUGUGCCUGGAAUGACAGCUCUUGAUGUCCAGGACAAUAUGGUAUUAACUGGUGGAGCUGAUAGAAAUAUUGUUCUUUUUGAUAUUGAUUCGGAAACAGUAUCAGCAACAUUUAAAGGACAUCAAAAAAAAAUAUCAGCUGUUAUUUUGCAUCCAACGAAGGAAUCAUGUUUGUCAGCAUCCGCAGAUGGACAAGUCCGGAUUUGGUCAAUUAAAGGUGGAUCGUGUCGUCAUGUGAUUGAAACUCAUGAAAGUGCAGUGACAGACAUAUCCUUGCAUGCUACUGGUGACUACGUUCUGUCUGUCUCCAAUGACUCUUCCUGGGCUCUUUCUGAUGUUAAUUCGGGAAAAACGCUUUGUAGGGUGAACUCAGAUGAAAAAAACAAAGUAUCUAUUUGUUGUGGACAGUUCCACCCAGAUGGUCUCAUUUUCGGUACUGGGACUGCAGAUUCCAUAGUAAAAAUUUGGGAUUUGAAAGAGCAAACAAAUGUUGCUAAUUUCCCGGGUCAUCAAGGAAUGGUGAAAGCUAUUGCAUUCUCGGAAAAUGGUUAUUAUUUGGCGACAGCAGCUGAAGAUGGUGAAGUGAAGUUAUGGGAUUUAAGAAAACUUAAAAGUUUCAAAACAAUGACGAUUAAUGAAGGGAAACAUAUGCUUUCUGGAAUUUGCUUUGAUCAAUCAGGUACUUAUUUGGCUGUAGCAGGAGCCGAUGUUCAAGUGAUACAUGUUAAACCAUGGACAGUGUUGUCCACAUUAACAGAGCAUAAGGAUGCGGUUACAUCAGUAAGAUUCGGACGCGAUGCACAUAGAGUUUUCUCAGUUGGUAUGGAUCGAUCCCUACGCAUCUAUUCUUCUCCAUCGUAA